UUACUGGCGGAGGCUGAAGAAGGGGAUCCUACAGGACCUGCUGGGAGACUGUACAAUCUACCUCUGUUUGUGGAAGAAGAACAGGGGAAAACAACUUUAUUUCCCAUGCUUUCCUCUCAUUCAGAUACACGCUUACUUGCUGUGGUGGCAGGAGCCUGAACACAACUCGGAGCAUUUAUAGGUUGUGUUUUUUUUUCUAUUCCCAAACAAAAAGAAGAAGAAGUGCGGAGCCACGACUGAAGUCUGUCAGAGAGCUGAGGUCUCACUGAAAUCUCUGCUCUGACUGGAGAGGACUCGUUGGAGUUGACCAGGGAAAAACUACACUUUGUUUCCCAAGCGAGAAAAUCAACUGCGAUGUUUUGUUUUCGCAGGAGGAAUUGAGGGAUUCUUUUUGUUUUUUUUGUUUUACGAAAGACACGCUAACGUUACGCCACGCAUGCCACAACCAUCGAGUCAGCAGCUCCAAAAAAUCCUCUAAAUUAAGUUAUCAGUCGCUUUAAUGGGAUUUUUCUUGCAUGCAAAUCGACUUUUGUAUUAAUAAUAUCCAGUGCAGCUGUAAAGGUAUGCGGGGGGUUUCUUAAAGUAAAACAAUAUUGAGAUAGUUGCUGAAAAGCAGCGCAAACUUCACUUGUGGCCUGGACUAGAGGUGGAGCUAGGCUAGCUAGCUUAACCGUAGCAUUUUUUCGGAACAACAAGUCUAUUUUUGCUCUUUUUUCGGACACGGACAAUCUAAACUGGGUCAGUUUAUCAAUCAAAUGUAUUUGAAGACAUAAAAGGAGCUCUCAUAUCCCCUGGUGAUGUGUGUUACGGGUGCUUUUCCAUGAGGUGGCUAACUUUAGCAGUGCUAGCUUGUGUUUGAGUGAACACGUUGGACUCGUUCCUCCGCCCAUCUUCCGGGAUGGCUUUUAUUUAUUUUUGUUUACCUGUUGGCCCACGCCGCCAAACAAAACCAAUUUCCUGAAGGUAUUUCUCCUUCAGUCUGAACUGUGUCCUCGCCAAGGAUUAUUCUGCAUUUGACCCGGAAUAGUGCUGCAUGGUGUUUUAUUCCGAGUCAGUUAUGUGGCUCCGGACUUUGUGUUUUGUUUUCACGGUCUGCAUUGUGAUGAGCUGUCAUCGAGCAAGUGGAGAGGUUUGUCCGAGCAAGGACAUCCGCAACAAUGUGACCAACCUACGAACUCUAGAGAACUGCACUGUGAUCGAAGGCCACCUGAAGAUCUUACUCAUGUUCAGGACCAAGCCUGAGGAUUUCCGGGGCAUCAGUUUCCCCAAACUGACGGUGGUCACCGACUACCUGUUGCUCUUCAGAGUUUACGGCAUGGAGACCCUCAGCGAUCUCUUCCCCAACCUUACGGUCAUUAGAGGCAACAACUUGUUCUUCAACUAUGCCCUGGUGAUGUUCGAGAUGCUCCAGCUGCGAGAGAUCGGCCUCCAUAGCUUGAUGAACAUCACCCGUGGAGCAGUGAGGAUUGAGAAGAACCCGGAUCUCUGCUACCUCUCCACUCUGGACUGGUCCAAGAUCCUGGACACGGUGGAGGACAACUACAUCAUGGCUAACAAGAACGACAGAGAGUGCGGAGACGUUUGCCCGGGGGCGGCCAUCGGAAAGACCACCUGCCAGACCACCACCAUCAACGGACACUUCAGUGAACGCUGCUGGACCCAGAACAACUGUCAAAGAAUGUGCCCGAUGCAUUGUAAGCAUCGAGCCUGCACCAAGGACGACCUGUGCUGCCACGACCAGUGUCUCGGCGGCUGCCUGAAGCCCCACUCGGCCGAUCACUGCGUGGCCUGCCGCGGCCUCCAGCACGAGGACAAGUGUGUGGACCGCUGCCCCGAAAACCACUUCACUUACAGAGGCUGGCGCUGCGUCUCCUUCGGCUUCUGCCAAGACCUCCACAACAGAUGCAAGCACGAGAAGGAGCGCAGCAAGAGCGCCGACUGCCACGAGUACGUCAUCCACAACGGGGCCUGCAUCCACGAGUGUCCCUCCGGCUACACCACCGUCAACUCCUCCUCGCUGAUCUGCACUCCCUGUGCAGGGCUCUGUCCGAAGGUGUGUAUGGGUCUGAAGACGGUGGACUCUGUGACGGCGGCCCAGGCUCUGAGAGGCUGCACAGUCCUCAACGGGAGCCUCGUCAUCAACCUGCGUGGAGGAAACAACAUCGCAGCUGAACUGGAGGCCAGCCUGGGCCAGCUGGAGGAGAUCACUGGAUACCUGACAGUGAGACGUUCCUACGCCCUCGUAUCCCUCUCGUUUUUCCGCAAACUCCGUGUUAUUCGUGGGGAGGAACAGGAAAUCGGAAAUUACUCGUUCUAUGCCCUGGAUAACCAGAACCUGCGGCAGCUCUGGGAUUGGUCCAAACACAAGCUGACCAUCCUUCAGGGACGCAUGUUUUUCCACUACAACUCCAAACUCUGCAUGUCGGAGAUCCGCAAGAUGGAGGAGGUGUCGGGGACCAAAGACAGGCAAAUCAAGAACGACAUCGCCUCCAAGACCAACGGAGACCAGGCCUCAUGUGAGAACCAUCUGUUGAGGUUUACCCAGAUCCGAACCAUGAGCGAUAAGAUAAUGGUCAAGUGGGAGCCCUUCUGGCCUCCAGAUUUCAGAGACCUGCUGGGCUUUAUGGUGCUCUACAAAGAAGCAACUUUUCAGAACGUAACUGAGUUUGACGGGCAGGACGCCUGCGGCUCCAACAGCUGGGUGAUUGCUGACGUUGACCCUCCGCGCCGGGCCACAGAUGGGGACAAGGAGCAGUUUGAGCCGGGUCACCUCAUCUUGCCUCUGAAGCCGUGGACGCAGUACGCCAUCAUGGUGAAAACGCAGCUCUCAGCCUCUGACGAGCACCAGGUCCACGGAGCCAAGAGCAAGAUCAUAUAUGUCCGCACCAACGCCACCAAACCCUCUGUCCCGCUGGACCCCAUUUCCUCGUCCAACUCGUCCUCUCAGAUCAUCCUCAAGUGGAAACCUCCCAACGACCCCAACGGUAACAUCACCCACUACCUGGUCUUCUGUCAGCGGCAGCCGGAAGCCAUCGAGCUCUACAAGUUCGACUACUGUCAGAAGGGGAUGAAGGUGCCGUCUCGAGUGCCCACUCAGGUGGACAGUGACGAAGAGCAGAAGUGGAACCAGACGGAGGAUCACGGCCAGGGGACGCGGUGCUGCGGCUGCCCCAAGACCGACAAGGAGCUGAAGAAGGAGAAAGAGGACUCGGAGUACCGCAAGACCUUUGAGAAUUACCUCCACAAUGAAGUCUUUGAGCUCAAAGGCUCCAGACAUCGGCGGUCUACGAUGGGCAUCGCCAACCGAACCUUCCCCUUCCUCACCACCGCCCCCAGCCCGCCCCACGGCACAGGCACCCCCGAGGACGGGGAGCCGUUAGAAAGCAUAAAGACGGUCGUCACCGUUCACGCCAAGGAGUCCACCGUCAUCUCCCACCUGCGCCACUUCACAAGCUACCAGAUCGAAGUUCACGCCUGCAACCACCCGACCGACCCGCUGCGCUGCAGCAUGGCGGCGUACGUCAGCGCUCGCACCAUGCCUGAAGACAAAGCCGAUAACGUCUUGAGUCCCAUCAACUUCGAGGUGACGGAAAAUGCUGUGCACAUCACAUGGCAGGAACCAAAGUCUCCCAAUGGCAUGAUCAUCCUGUACGAGGUCAACUACAAGAGAAUGGGAGAUACUGAGGAGCUGCACUACUGCGUGUCCAGGAGCAUGUUCAGAGAGACCCACGGCUGCAGGCUGAAAGUGAUGCAUCCUGGGAACUACACGGUAAGGAUCCGGGCCACGUCUCUGGCCGGUAACGGAUCCUGGACCGACCCCACGCACUUCCACGUAAAGGACGCAAGCGAUCCUCUCUACGCGAUGAAGAUCGUCAUCGGACCGAUCAUCUGCUUUGUGCUGCUGCUGUUCGUGGCCGGCGCAGGAUUUGUCAUGUUCAAGAAGAGUCAAACUCAAGGACCUAGUGGUCCAAUCUACGCCUCUUCUAACCCAGAGUACCUCAGCGCUGCUGACGUGUACGAGGAGGACGAGUGGGAGGUGCCCAGGGACAAGAUCAACAUUUUGAGGGAGCUGGGGCAGGGCUCGUUCGGCAUGGUGUACGAGGGAAUCGCCAAGGACAUCAUCAAGGGCGAGGGGGACUCACACGUGGCGGUGAAGACGGUGAACGAGUCGGCUAGCCUGCGGGAGAGAAUCGAGUUCCUGAACGAGGCCUCCGUCAUGAAGGCGUUCAGCUGCCACCAUGUGGUGCGUCUGCUGGGUGUUGUGUCCAAAGGGCAGCCCACCCUGGUGGUGAUGGAGCUGAUGACGCACGGAGACCUGAAGAGCUUCCUGCGCUCUCUGCGACCCGACGCUGAGAACAACCCCGGGCGCCCGCCUCCCACUCUGAAGGAGAUGAUCCAAAUGGCCGCUGAGAUCGCAGACGGCAUGGCGUACCUUAACGCCAAGAAGUUUGUCCACAGAGACCUGGCAGCCAGAAACUGCAUGGUGGGAACCGACCUCACCGUCAAAAUAGGAGACUUCGGCAUGACGAGAGACAUCUACGAGACGGACUACUACAGGAAGGGAGGCAAGGGGCUGCUGCCCGUCAGGUGGAUGGCUCCGGAGUCUCUGAAGGACGGAGUCUUCACCGCAAAUUCAGACUGCUGGUCGUUUGGAGUAGUGCUGUGGGAGAUCAGCACGCUGGCCGAGCAGCCGUACCAGGGCCUGUCCAACGAGCAGGUCCUCAAGUUCGUCAUGGACGGAGGAUACCUGGACCGGCCGGACAACUGCGCCGACAGAAUACACAACCUGAUGCAGAUGUCUUGGCAGUACAACCCCAAGAUGCGUCCCGCCUUCCAGGAGAUCAUCGAGAUGCUGCGCGAGGACCUGCAUCCUUCCUUCCAGGAAAUGUCCUUCUUCUACAGCGAGGAGAACAAGCCGCCUGAGAGCGAAGACUUUGACCUGGACAUGGAGAACAUGGAGAGCAUCCCGCUGGACCCGUCGUCCUACUCCCAGAGGGAGCAGUGCUCGGACAGGGACGAGGCCUCCUCCAUGGGCCUGAGGGGCAGCUACGAGGAGCACCACAUCCCCUUCACACACAUGAACGGGGGAAAGAACAACGGACGAAUACUGGCCCUGCCGCGGUCCAGCCCCUCAUAACAUACUGUACACAUCCCGUGCAAACACAUCAUUGCUAUAGAUUUGAAUAUAUUUUUGUUUUUUGUUGUCAUUUUAUAUAUAGCACACUUUUAUCGCCAAGUUUGUGCUAGAAUGGGUGGAUUAACGAUUCAACUGUGAAACAAACUCUUGACAAACAAGAAGGCUGCUAAACCCCUCCCGAGUCCAGACUGUUUCCCCCUCCCCUUAACUCAGCAAGAGGCUUCAUCCCCGGGUUGCUACGUAUUUUGAAAAAAGUGCCCUUCUAUUUUGUCUGUGGCCUAAAUCAGUUGUCAUGGAGCUGUGUCUGAGUCUUUGUACGCAAGCGGAUGACGAACUAUGAUUGAAAGACUUUGGGAACGCUGUUGGAUGGUCAGAUUCGGUCCAUCGUCGAACAAACUCUUAUCCACUGGAGAAGCUGGUUGAAGUGGCCUACCUCCUCACACUCUGCAGUAUUCCAAAAUGGCAAACAGGAUAAACACAGGACUUUUGUUGGGUUCUAUUUUUUAAUUUUUAUUUACGUCUCUUUCUUUUCCUUAUUUUUUUUUUUGAGUUCACAUUUACAGCUGAAGGAUAUUUAAACUGUUUUCAAAAACAUGUUGGUGAACGAGUUCCUCAGAUUGACCAAUAGCUGCUUCUUUGGUAUAUUUUAGUGGGUAUAGAAGAUAAAAAAAUAUAUAUAAAUAUAUAUAUAUGAAUAUAUUGUUGAUGUUUUUGUACAUAGCUGAUAUGUUGUCAUUCUUGAGGUAUUUACGAUGAUAGAAAAUGUUUUUACAUGUUAGUCUCUGUUUAUUUUUUCUAAUCCAGAAAAUCCUACUAAUUCGCUUUUUUUUGGACUCAUGAUCAACCAACAGCACUUGGUCUUUUUGCUACGUGAUGCCUGGGAGUAAAGAGUGUUUGGCAACUUCAGCUUAAGAUGUCUGCCCGUCAUAUCAAGAUCAAAUAAAAUAGUGCUGUAAAAUAAAGCAGCGAGGUGCAUUCGUGAAGAGGCUCCUUCAGUUUUUUCUGAUAUUUUCCAUUCUUUCAUUGAUACUGUUUUUCAAGUCAGUUCUUUGUUUCUUUAGGGAGUACUGAGAUUGUUAUGUGUGUGUAUAUAAAGGGAAGUUUGUGUUUUAUGUCAGUGAGUAUGGGAAGGUAAGAGUUAGUUCUCAACAGAGCCAGAAAUGCAAACAUACGGAGUAAACAAACUCGAGCCUGGGUGAGAUGGGAAUUUGCGAAAGGCCAACGCAGAUAUUGAUCUUUUUGGAUAUGAGAGAAAUCCUUUGGCAGAUUAUUUUUGUUACACAACCACUCAACACUACAGCCAAUAUUUUUUGGCAAUGAAUGCUCAAAUAUGUUUUUUAGAAGAUAUUCUAUUUUUUACAUACUGAUAAUUGACUCAUAAUGAUUAGGCUUUUAAUUUGGGAUAAACUUGACCAUAGUUGCAAUCAUUUAAAACAAGAAAGGCUAAACAUAAAUACAACUAAGUAAAAAAGAAAUGUCCUGAUAGAUUCAAAUGCAGCCUAUAAAAUGUUUAUGUACAGUACUUUUCCAUGUGUAUGUCUGCCAAUACGCCUAUAGUAUUUAAUAAAAACCUAUCUCUAGGGAA